CUCGUCACCGAUUGAUCACGUGGAGCCUUUCCUUCUGUGGACUUCCACGGAGUGUGUAGCGCGUACUCUUUUUCACUCUCUCCCAUCUACUCAACCCAUCACAACACUCCCUUCAUCUCCCAACAGCCUCACAUAAUGUCUUUGGCUCCAGUACAGAUUUUCCAAGAUAACGCGACCGAGGAGCGCGCCGAGAAUGCUCGUUUGUCGUCGUUCAUCGGCGCCAUUGCCGUCGGAGACUUGGUCAAGAGCACUCUUGGCCCCAAGGGAAUGGACAAGAUCCUUCAAUCUGCUUCCACAGGAGAGAUCAUGGUCACCAACGAUGGCGCCACCAUCUUGAAGUCAAUCGCUCUCGACAACGCCGCAGCCAAAGUUCUUGUCAACAUCUCCAAAGUUCAGGACGAUGAGGUUGGCGAUGGUACGACCUCGGUCUGUGUCCUUGCUGCCGAGCUCUUGAGAGAGGCCGAGAAGUUGGUCAGCCAAAAGAUUCACCCUCAGACCAUUAUCGAGGGAUACAGGAUCGCCAGCGCGGCCGCCUACAAGGCCCUCGAGGACUCUGCUAUCGAUCACAGCAAGGAUUCCGAGGUCUUCAGAAAGGAUCUGAUCAACAUUGCAAGGACUACACUGAGCUCCAAGGUUCUGUCGCAGGAUAAGGAGUAUUUCUCAAAGCUCGCUGUCGAUGCGGUUCUUAGAUUGAAGGGCAGCACCAACUUGGAGAACAUUCAGAUCAUCAAGAAGGUCGGCGGUCGUCUUGCGGACUCUUACCUGGACGAGGGCUUCAUUCUGGACAAGAAGAUUGGUGUCAACCAGCCUAAGAGGAUCGAGAACGCCACCAUCAUGAUUGCCAACACCCCCAUGGAUACCGAUAAGAUCAAGAUUUUCGGUGCCCGCAUUCGUGUCGAGGGAACUGGCAAGUUGGAGGAGCUGGAGCGUGCAGAGCGCGAAAAGAUGCGUGCCAAGGUUGAGAAGAUCAAGGACCACGGCAUCACCUGCUUCGUCAACAGACAGUUGAUCUACAACUGGCCCGAGCAGUUGUUCGCCGACGCCGGCAUCAUGUCGAUCGAGCACGCAGAUUUCGAUGGCGUUGAGCGCUUGGCCUUGGUCACUGGAGGAGAGAUCACCUCGACCUUUGAUCACCCCGAGCUGGUUCGUCUCGGCCACUGCGAUGUCAUUGAGGAAGUCAUUAUCGGAGAGGAUAGGUUGAUCAAAUUCUCGGGCGUUGCUGCCGGCGAGGCCUGCACCAUUGUUCUUCGUGGAGCGACCCACCAGCUUUUGGAUGAAUCUGAGCGUUCUCUUCAUGAUGCUCUCAGUGUUCUCUCACAGACAACUCAGGAGCCCAGGACAGUUCUUGGUGGUGGCUGCUCAGAGGUGUUGAUGUCCAAGGCUGUGGAUGAGGUUGCGGCCAAGACUGCUGGUAAGCAGCAGGCUGCCAUUGAGGCCUUUUCGCGCGCUCUCCGUCAGAUGCCUACGAUUCUGGCUGACAACGGUGGAUACGACAGUGCUGAUUUGGUUGCCAAGUUGAGGGCUUCGCACUAUGAGGGUAACAGCACCCACGGUCUCGAUAUGGACCAGGGCAUCGUUGGUGACAUGCGCGAGUUGGGCAUCACAGAGUCGUUCAAGUUGAAGCGCCAGGUACUAUUGAGUGCAUCGGAGGCUGCGGAGAUGAUCCUGAGAGUCGACGAUAUUAUCCGUUGCGCACCAAGGCAACGACAGGGUUAAAUGGUACGCCAGGGUUAAAUGGCGCGCCACACGACCACGACCAUGGCAGCGGUGCUUUAAAGGACGCUAUAUAUUUUUUUACAGGGACUGUUGCAGCAUUUUACAAAAUAAAGAAAGGU